AUGGAAGGACAGAUAGAGACAUUUGUGGCGGGGAUUUCGUGUCAGUGCUAUCAUCGCGCAGGGAUUCCGUGUCCCGGGCUUUCGUGUCCCGGGGACCCCUUAAACUUGAAAGUCCAAAAAUUUUUUGUUUUCCAACCUUCUCAAUAUAAAAAUUCACCAUAUGACACGGCGUUGCACUACGCCGCCGUCCACUGCGGCGCCCAGCAGCAGUCACCUCAUCCCGGCGGCGACGGCGGCGGCGGCAGCAAUCAUCAGGACGCCGUGUAUCGAUUGCUCGUCCGCGCGGGCGCCGAUCCCAAUGCUAGGGACCAGGAAGGAAAAACCCCAGGUUACUAUAAACGCAACCCCGGGGAGCUAACUGAAGAUGAGCUCUUGGCAGACCUCAGUAAUAAGGACCCGGAAGCAAAUGGGCCAGAAAACAUCCAAGAAGAACCCGAAGAUGAUCAGGACUCUGCUGUUGCUGUUGGAGAAGUUGAUGGUGGAGCUUCCAGGGAAGAAAAUCCUGCAGAAAUGAUGACUGAAAUUCCAGAGACUGAAGGGCAAAUGGAGUCUAUCCAAAGGUUUCCUGGGGUGUGGACUGAUGAAGGCCAAUACCUGGUCAAAGUUCUUGGAGAUCCUUUGGUCAGAGGGCUGACAGAGAUUUCCAAGAGGAAGCCCAAUGACCCUGUAGCCUUCCUUGCAAGUUUUCUGCAUGGAUAUGCUGGCAUCAGCACAGAGAAUAACAACCACCCCAACACUCUGGUCAUCUCAGUUGAGGCAAGAUAUUCGUUGCCUCAGGAGGAAGAAGAAGGAGAACUGAAUGAUGAAGGAGUUCCUCAAGUUGGACCAAAUGAAGAAGAACCAGAAGACACACUCUCAGCCACCAGCUUCCAACUUCCAGAAAAUUUCCCAAACCCUCCAACCCCAUCAGAGUCCUCAACCUCAGCAGCUCCAAUGCGUCAAGCCAAGGAAUCAUCCACUGCCAGGGAUGAAAGAGGACAGACUGUGUUGCACCAUGCCUCUUCAAGACCACAUGGGGCAAACCCAAGGCAGGGAUUCAAGAAGAUCAUUGAUGAAUCAAAUGCUAGUUUAGCAGCCAGGGAUGAGCGGUAUCAAACUUGCCGAGAUGUUGCAAGAGCUGCUGGUGUGAGAGAAAAUGUGGCUGCUAUUGAUGACUAUGUGGUGAAUCUUGCUGCUGAAGGGAAAAGGAGCGAAAUUUACCAUCUCUUAAUGGAGGGCUACGAUCACAUCAUAGAUGUCAAGAACUUGGAUGGACUCACAGCCUAUGAAGCUGCAAACAAAAAAGGCCAAGACAAAACAGUGGAACUCUUGUCCGGCAUUGAACCAUUCUCAGACUUGAGAAACAUCCUCCAUUCGGCGAUUCGAAACGGAGACUUGCGCAGAGUCAAAGAAACGUUGACAGACGGGGCGAGUCAAUUGGCAAUUGCAAAAAGCAACUAUGGCAGAACAGCUCUGCAUAUUGCCACCUUGACUGAGUACAUGGACAUUGUUGAGUUCCUGGUGCAAAACUUUCCAGAAACAGUCUCUCUUCAAGACAACAUGGGGAGAACAGCCAUGCAUUAUGCCAUGGGCCUGGAUAAAGUAGACCAACUGGCAAAAAUACUAGUGAAAGGAGGAGCCCGAAAACCCCAAGAUUAUAGAGGCAGAGUUCCGUCUUAUUACUUUCUGAACAAAGACGAAAUUCAGAUGCUUAAGGAGGAGGAAGAAUCUCUGAAAAAUUGAUUAUAAAACUAAAAACGUUGAGAUACUUGUUAGCUGACGUUAUUUGAGAAAUUUUGCGGUGCUAUAUGUUUCAAGGUGGGGAAAAGGGAGGCCGACGAGAAACUUAGUGAAUCUUAUAUAGUGUCCUUCAAUAUCUCGGGUCAGGAUCGAUAUCAUUUCAACGACUGAGCUUCAAGUGGAACGCUGUAGAUUUCAUGUGAGAUUUGAAUAAAUUUAUGAUGCUAC